UAUUCGAGUUGGCGAGGAUUCUUAACAAUGGCCCUAACCUGCAGACUCACAGCCUUAACACUUCUGGGUAGGAAUGUACGCGAUCAAAAAUGUCGAUUUUUCUACAUAAGCUGCUUUCGAUACGGAACUGUCGUUCCCUUCAAACUAUCGGAUAUCGGAGAAGGAAUUCGAGACGUCACGAUAAAAGAAUGGUACGUGAAACCAGGCGACCGGGUGUCUCAAUUCGAUAACAUUUGCGAGGUCCAAAGCGACAAAGCGUCUGUGACGAUUACCAGCCGUUACGACGGAUUAAUUAAAGCCUUGCACUACAAGGUGGAUGAGGUGGCUCUGAUAGGAGAAUCAUUGCUGGAGAUCGAACUAGAUGGCGAUAAUGGGAACGGACGAGACGAAAAGAUCUCUGACAACCAACAACAGCAGCAGACGACAAAGACUGAGAGUAGACAGAGUGGCGACAGCGAGGAGAAAAAACACGUAGGACAACAUGGGUUAGAAGACAAGGCGAUGGCUACGCCAGCGGUUAGAAGAAUAGCCAUGGAGAACAAUAUUAACUUAAAGGACGUCGUUUCCACGGGCAAAGGUGGCCGAGUGCUUAAGGAGGAUAUAUUGGCUCACUUGGGAAAAAUUUCUCCCAGUUCCGCGGGAAAAAGGGUCGAAGAAAAACCAACAGCUAAUGUGACGGUGGUCCCGAUAAAAGGCUAUAGCAAGCAUAUGUGGAAAACGAUGACGCAGUCUCUGAGCAUACCGCACUUCAUAUACAGCGACGAGUGUAACGUGAACAGAUUGAUGGAUUACCGGAACGAAGUAAAGGACUCGCUGAAAGAGCAAGGCGUCUCUUUGAGCUUGAUGCCGUUCUUCGUAAAAGCGGCGUCUAGAGCCUUGGAAAAAGUGCCUCAGAUAAAUUCCUGGUUGGAUGAGGAAAAUCAGGCACUGCAGGUUCACGAGAACCAUAAUAUUGGUAUUGCUAUGGACACUCCUGAUGGUUUAGUCGUACCGAAUAUUAAAAAUGUUCAGAAAUUGAAUAUUCUGGAAAUCGCGAGGGAAUUGAACCGGCUUCAAGAACUCGGAAAGAAGUCUGCGAUAUCGCUGAACGAUUUAUCGAAUACAACGUUCUCGUUAUCCAACAUCGGUAUCAUUGGUGGCACGUAUACGAAACCUGUGAUUUUACCUCCGCAAAUCGCGAUCGGUGCUUUUGGCAAAGUGCAAAAAUUACCGCGAUUCGAUGACAAAGGAAACGUAAUAGCAGCGAGCAUAAUUUCAAUCAGCUGGGCAGCUGAUCACCGAGUAGUGGAUGGCGUCACUAUGGCAAAAUAUUCGAAUCUGUGGAAGUACUACGUCGAAAAUCCUACGUUCUUACUGAUAGGAGCAUGA